AUGGGUGGCAGCUCCAGCAAAGCAUCUACUUGCAGGGUGCGAAAUCGUCUGGGCUGCUCCGUUCGGCUCCUAACGCCGCAGCCACCUGGCAAUGGCAUGCAGCAGGUUGAAAUUGCGCACGGCGCAGAGCACCUGAUCGAAGGUGCCGGUGAGGAUGGUCACGUCAUUGCUGUCAGAUUCCAGUUCCAGGGCCAGGAGUAUGACAAGGCAUUCAAAGUGCCAAGCGAUGCGGUGCUUCUUCUCCGGGCAUUCGAAAAGGGAGAGAUUGCCUUUCGAGUUCAGACUGCCGCGGGUUCUUCGCCCGCGGAGGAGGCAGCCGUGGAUCCCGUGCAGCUUUGGCAGGCAGUCGUCAGCAACGAGGAUGGGGCAACAGCCAGUCCUCCCCCAGCCACUGGGGAGGUUGUGGAGGUGAUCCCCGGAAGCCUGUCUGUGGCAGAAGUGUCAGAGGACCCACUGUGCUAUGCCACCGGAUCUGGCACUUGGGUGGAUGCGGACCCGCAGUGCUGCGAUCGAGAAGAGGAGCUGGACACGCUUUUUGAGGAAGAACCAGCGAAAAGAGGCAUUGUCUCUGAUUCAGAAGGACCACAAGAAGAAGAUUCGGAGGCCUGUGUCGAAGCAGAUCCGACUUGGACGCUGGAACAGCGAGAUCUCUACGCAGAGCUUUUGGACUUGCAGUUCUCCACCGUGCGAGCUCGGAAAGCGCUGGAUGCUGGCUGUGCAGACCUUGAAGACGCAGUGGAAUGGCUGGAAAAGCAUCAGCAUGAUGACGAUAUCGACAUCUCUCCAGCCAUGUUGAAAGCUCGCGAGGAUGAAGAAGUGGCUUUGGCCGUGCUGCGAGUGCUCACAAUCCCUGCUUUGCAUCGCCUGUCGUGCCUUCAAGCAUUGCACCGGAUCUUGAGGAACAUUUUGGCAGAUCCUGAGUCUCGCCGAGUCAGGCAAAUCCGGAUUCAGAACCCCCGGUUCAAAGAAAGGAUCGGGCGCUUUGCGCAGGCCGUCUCACUUCUUCGGAAGAUUGGUUUUCAACAAGGCGACUUUUGGACAAGCGCAUUCGACCGUGAGCCGUGUUUGGAAUGGCGGCUGCCGGUGGGUUCUGCCAACCCGAUGUCGCAGCGGAUGGAACGCGCAUUCUCCCUGAUAGAUGAAGUUCUACGUGCUCCAGACUCUUGGAUACCCAGCGUUUGUGCUGCCAUGCCCGAGGUGAAGAGCAGCUUCGGCGAAGCAGUGGACGCACCAACAUCACCAAUGUCCUCCGAAAUUGCUUCCACUGCACGUGAUCUGCUUGCAGAAGUGCAUGCUCGUCGAGCUCGCGACCCGCGAGGCUUCCAGGAAGCCAUGCGAGCUGCAGGACGGCAGCCCAAUCCGUCGGUGUAUAGCCUUCAGUCUCGUGCAACUGAUGCCAACUGGCGACCGCUCUCGGAACGCUUCCCUGGAAAGCGAGAGUUUAAUCUACAGGAUCUCGAGAACAUGCGUGUGGAAGAGGCCAUUGGCAACAUGCCACUGUAUGCCAAGGAAUACGAGGCCAGUCUGGGGCAAGCGUCGUCCUAUGGACAGCUCGUGUCACGCAGUUACGAUCCGAACUACUUGAGUCGUCGGGCUUUGGACGAGACCAACAUUUUCCGGGGUUCCGAGAGGAUGCCGCCGUUGAAGUGGUGCCAGGGCAUUGCUGACAUUGCUGCAGAGCACGCUCGGCAAAUGGCUCGAGGUGAGAUGCCCUUCAGCCAUGACGGCUUCUCGGAUCGAGUGAGUCGCUAUCCGAUUCCUCACCUGAGUGCGGCGGAGAACCUGGCAUACAACAGCGGCGUGGCUGAUACAGCCGGCGUUGCGGUCCAGGGCUGGAUCAAGUCGCCGGGCCAUCGCAAGAAUUUGUUGGGUGCUUUCGACCUCUGUGGAAUCGGUUCCUGGGCCAUGUGUUGCGCAGUCCUCCUCUGGACAGUUCUUCUUCACGCAGCUGUUUGCCCGAAGCGCCGGCGGGGCGCUUUGCUGAUGGCGGAGAUCUCCGGAGGUGUUGCGCUGGUUGUCACGAUCUGCACCAAGCACUUCGAGAAUCAAGUCUUGCAGUACAUGCAGAAGGAGGGACGGCUGAUUCUGGAGGAUGACACCCCGUUUGAUAACAAGGGCUGGACCCAGUGCAAGGUCUACACCCUCCGAAAGCCACCCGCCGCGCAGCUGAAUCAGAAAGGGUGCGCCAUGGAAGCGACAAGUACCGGUUCUGGCUAUGUGAGAGAAAAUAGACAAUGGGAGAUGGCGCUGCGAAGAUCCGACAUAGCAGGGCUCUUCAGAACCAGCUGUGAACUUCUGCAAUGCUUUGCUUUGGCUUAUCAGCACUGCACCGAAUUCAGAGAAUCCUUAAAACCCGAGUGGCCCUGA